AUUCCUCCACAUCACGCAAUGUCCAGGAGCAACGAACAAGUAGACAAAGCCAAAGAACUACUCCAGAUAAUUGGAAAUAAUGAUCAAGCCAUCACGCCUGAAAACAUUACGGACCUCUCUUCUGCAUUGGUUGCCUCACUUGCCAGCGCAAAGACUGAGGAUGAGAAAGCCCCUAUCAGGGCAAUGCAGGCUGAAUUCCUUGGGCACUGUGCUGAGCUUCUUACCAAGCAAUCAUCACAAGAAUUAAAGGAAUACUCAGCCUCAGAGGGAGGUCUCGCUGCGCAAGUUCAGACCUCGAUCAUCAAGGGAUUGCUUCGCAUGGUCAUGAAUGAUACUUCCUUUGCGGACGCUUUACUUGAUAGCGAUGUGUACGCCGCAAUCCUACGCCUAUCAAACACGAAUCCCACUACCGCCACCAAAUCAACCUUACUUGUAGAGCCUGGUGGUCCAAAGCCGUCUGCAGUCUCUGUUACUAGCGAAGUCAUGCAUUCUCAGGAUUUCAAGCCAAUGGUCGUCAUUCUUCUUACUAAGGCCUUCGAAAUGGCAUCCAAUAAGGAUCAUGUGCGAGACACAAGCUCAAAGAUCAUUUUGGCGGAUAUAGGGUCCGAUAAACUCAACCCCCGUAUUGCAGGAUAUCGGGCACUAGGAUUAGUUGUUCAGGCGAACAUGGCGAUCGGCUGUGGAAUCCUCAAUAAGGAAGGGUUAUUGGUAGAGUUGAUGGAUUCUGUGGAACUAGAGCCAGAGAAAAUUCAAAUCAUCCUAACAGAGACACUCUCCAUGGCUUGUGCAGACACCAAAACAAGGACUGCGAUUGGCCUUCAUUGCUCAGAAUUCCUAAAAUCGAUUGUAAUGCGAGGAGCAACUAAAAAUCAGCAUUUGAAGGGGGCUGCAGCAGUUGUAUUAACAAAGAUUUCUCUGGCAGAUGCUCGUAAAGAUCCCUCCGUGGGGCUGAAUGGCCUAGAGGACACAACCCAGAGCCAAUCAGCGCCUAAAGAGGAAACAGAGGAUAACGCUGGUGAUGAGGCUCAGCUUGCAAAGCUUUUUUCAACACUUCUCAAGGAGGAUAAGAACGAUGGUAACAGUGGAAUUCAACUGAAUGCUGUGGAGGGUCUAGCAUAUGCGAGUAUCCAGCCGAGUGUGAAGCAAUUUAUCAUUUCAGACAAGCCUCUGCUCUUGUCAUUGUUCCGUCUCGGGGAAGAAACAAUGAGCAGCCCCCUCAAGUAUGGACUUAUCAUCAUCUUCAACAACCUUACAGCGUUCAGGAAGCGAUUAAGUGCAGAACAGGAACAGAUGCUCAAAUUGAAGAAGAUGGCGGGCACGCUACCUAAAAGUACCUCAAACCGGCUACACCAGGAUCAGGACGACCCAUUAGAUAGUGAGCAAGUUGUCAAUCAGCGCAAUAUGACUCUAGUCAAGCUGGGAAUCAUGCCAACUCUCCAUGCAAUUGGCCAGAAUGCUUCUGAAACUGUUCGACAGACUCUUGCACAAGUGCUUCGUAACCUUAUUACGCCUCCAGAGACUCGUGGUUUGCUAGUUCAGCAAGGCGUCGUGCGGUUAUUAAUACCAUUAGCAUUACAGCAAAUUGAGCUACAGCAGCAACAACAGUCACAAGAGUUAUCUUCGGAAUCAACUAAAGCGGCCGCUGUACAGGCGCUUGCGAAGCUUACCAUCACAUUGGAUCCUCGCUUGACAUUCAAAAAUCAGCGGAUACCCGAGCUUGUGAAGCCCUUUAUUUGGCUUCUUGACAGCAGUGAUCAAUUGUGUCAAUUUGAGAGUCUAAUGGCACUGACAAAUCUCGGAUCAAUGGGUGAUGUUCAAGUGUUAAGCCUUAUUAUGCAACAAGGAGGGAUCGAGAAGAUGGAAAAUCUUCAGUUCUCAGAAAAUAACAUGGUUCGUAGGGCUGCUACAGAAGCUCUUUGCAACAUGAUAUUUUUUGAGCCUGUCUUUGAGAUGUAUAGCGACCCUAAGAAAAGCAAGAACAAGAUCCAUCUCAUGCUUGCAUUAUCUGACACUGACGACUUUAUGACUCGAAGGGCCGCCUCAGGUGCACUAGCGGUGUUAUCGACGAGUCCAGAUGUCUGCAAGAUGAUUAUGGCUCAAGAACGAGGUUUGGAAAUCUUGACAAGUCUGAUAACGUUGGGUGUUCCUAGCUCUAAAUCCGAUAAUUCUGAGGAGGUGGAAUCCAAGGCCAUCGAGGAUGUAAUGUCAGAUCAGGAGGCUGCAAUUGUGGACCAUGCGGUCGCAGUCAGUCGCAUGGACGAGCUGCGACAUCGUGGUGCCGAGUGUUUCAAAAAUUUAGUGAUGAUUGGCGGUAAAGAAAUCAGCCAAAAGAUUGCGGCCCACGGUGGUAUCCAACAGUUGGCUAACCUGAUCCAGACAAGCGGUCACGAAGCUGUGCGGUAUUGUGCAAUGGAGGCUCUCAAAGCCAUGUCUAAACAAGGCAUCGAACUGAGUACAUAGUGUAAAAUAUUUAUAAUCAUUAUCAUAUUGGGACGGAAUAACCUCCUCCAAGAUCAUAGAUGUAUGGGUUAAUAUUGGAUGGACAUGGUUUUUCCGAGUAGAUGAGGAUAGAAUAAAUGUACUUGCGAG